CUCUUCACCUGAAUCUACAGGUUGUGCGUCGCUACAAGAUUGGCUACAGCUCAUGUGAGGAGACUCAAUCAUGGUUGUGUCCUUGCUGUCCUACGAUUGAUGAAAGCAGCGGUGAAUGGUGUCUGAGAGAUUACACUUGGAAGUGGACAGAUCCAACCUUUAACUACCACUAUAAUAGAUGGGAUACUGGAACCUGGGUAGAAAACAGAAACAGAGUUUCAACUGGGCGAUUUGACAUUGAAUCUAACCUGAGAAAACGAUCCGACAUCAAGAGACCGAACUCAUCACCACAGACCACCAUCCUCCCUGUUGUGAGAGUUCCCUCAAACUGUCAGAGGAAUAUCAAGUUGUUGACAUUUGACCCUGAUGGAGAUUAUGUUAAAUGCAAAUAUGCAUCUGGUUCCUCAGAGUGCUACACCUGCACAUCACCGUCUGUCCUCAGUCUGUCAUCAUCUUGUUCUCUAUCAUUCAGUCCAACCAGCAGCAGCAAUGAAGGUUCAUAUGCAGUUCAGCUGAUGAUGGAGGAUUUUACCAGAUGGAGCAUCACUCUGACUCGAUAUGAUGGUUACUCGUCUUCACUGAGCACCAGCAGCUCCAUGAGCAGAAUCUCUGUCCAGUUUGUUUUUAAAGUGGAUCCUGCAGCUCCGUCCUGCACAGCAGGUGAAUAUCUGCCCAGGUUUCUGCCUCCAACUCCUGAACAUGGAGCUCAGUUCUUCAUAGACGUUAAUGAGAUGAUAGAAAUCAACAUCACAGCAGAGGCGACUCAGUCUGAGUGAGUA